AAAAGCUCAAGACUUCAUGGUAACUAGGGUUUUUGAAUUAUGGAUAUUGUAAACUCAAGAUUAGGGUUAGAGGAGGAGCUAGGUCAAAGUUUGAAAUGGCUGGGAUAGGAUCAUCAAGAAACAACGAAGAAGACAAUCAACAAAACACAAACUGGGUUUGGUACAGAAACACCAAUAAUAACCUAAGUAUGAGCCACAACAAUCAGAUAUGGCAGCAGCCAAGCCUGGAUCUAUAUCCGGGUCAGAUCGACGUCUGUGAUUUGACCACGUCAUCCAGAUCCCUAACAAUAAGCUGUCAAGACUGUGGAAACCAAGCCAAGAAAGGGUGCACGCAUGGACGGUGUAGAACUUGCUGCAAGAGCCACGGGCUCCACUGUCCUACUCACGUGAGGAGCACGUGGAUCCCCAUCGCCAAACGCCGCGAGCGGCAGCAGCAGAUACAGACGCCAAUCUCCAACCGAAAUGGCGGUGGCCAGAGAGUUGGGAAUUACAGAGAGAUUAAUCAACCGGUUACUUUAGACUCAUCAGGGUUAGAGAUGGAAGAGACAACAUUUCCAGAUGAAGUGAGUUCGGAUGCACUUUUCCGGUGCGUUAGAAUGAGUGGUACCGAUGAUGGAGAGGGCCAAUAUGCAUACCAAACGACGGUGGGCAUAGCUGGCCAUCUCUUUAAGGGAAUUCUAUAUAACCAAGGUCCGGAAAACAUGUCCAUGCCUACUACACAUUUUUAUGAAAACCCACCAAGAUCUUAAAAAAUUUCAGUUUUCUUUAUUUUAUUCGUAUGCAAUGUUCUCUAUAAAAACUUUGUUGAUUC